CCGCGCGCUGAGAAGGCCUCGUUCGCGAGAUCCGGGCAGAUUAAAUAGUCACACUGAAUAUGCUGCUGUUCUUUACUUUGGGAUUGUUUGUGCAUUUGGUGUUCUUCGUCUCUAUCUUUGACAUUUAUUUUACAUCUCCUUUGGUUCAUGGAACGACUCCUCGGGUCACACCAUUGCCUGCUCCAGCAAAAAGAUUAGUGCUGUUUGUCGCUGAUGGCCUGCGAGCAGACUCCUUCUAUGAGUUGGAUGCAAACGGAAGUUCCAGAGCACCAUUUUUAAGGAAUGUCAUCAUGCAUGAAGGCAGCUGGGGGAUAUCUCACACACGUGUGCCCACAGAAUCCCGGCCAGGUCAUGUUGCCCUGAUAGCUGGCUUUUAUGAGGAUGUCAGUGCAGUUGCCAAAGGUUGGAAGGAAAAUCCUGUAGAAUUUGAUUCCCUUUUUAAUGAGAGCAAGUACACGUGGAGCUGGGGAAGUCCAGAUAUCUUGCCUAUGUUUGCCAAAGGAGCUAGUGGAGAUCAUGUUUAUACACACACUUAUGGUGCUGAAAGAGAGGAUUUCGGUGCCCAGGAUGCAACAAAACUGGAUACCUGGGUCUUUGAUAAUGUUAAGGACUUCUUCCAUGCCGCCAGAAAUAAUCAAUCUUUGUUUUCCAAAGUAAAUGAAGAAAAAAUAAUUUUUUUCCUGCAUUUAUUAGGAAUAGAUACAAAUGGACAUGCUUAUCGGCCAUCAUCAAGGGAGUAUAAGAACAAUAUUAAAAAAGUUGACGAUGGAGUAAAAGAAAUCGUGUCCCUGUUUAGAAACUUUUAUGGGAAUGAUGAGAAAACAGCAUUUAUCUUUACCUCUGACCAUGGAAUGACAGACUGGGGUUCCCACGGGGCUGGUCAUCCUUCAGAGACGCUGACUCCAUUAGUUGCCUGGGGAGCUGGCAUCAAAGACGCCCAGCAGGUCUCAGCCCAGUACUUUGAUGAUGCAUUUCUGAAAGAAUGGGGGUUGGAGAAUUGGAAGAGGCAAGAUGUAAAUCAGGCUGAUAUUGCACCAUUGAUGGCUUCUCUUAUUGGAGUUCCUUUUCCCCUUAAUUCAGUGGGAAUCCUUCCUGUGGAUUAUCUUAACAAUACUGAUCUCUUCAAAGCAGAAAGCAUGUUUACAAAUGCAGUACAGAUUCUUGAACAGUUCAAGGUGAAAAUGACUCAGAAAAAAGAAGCUACUUUACCAUUUUUAUUUACACCAUUUAAAUUGCUCACUGAUUCUAAACAGCUUGAUAUUUUAAGAAAAGCAAGAUCUUUUAUAAAAGAAGGAAAGUUUGAUGAAGCUGUGUCCCUUUGCAAGGAGCUGAUUCACCUUGCUUUGGAAGGGUUGUCUUAUUAUCACACCUAUGAUAGAUUGUUUUUGGGCAUCAAUGUUGUCGCUGGUUUUAUUGGGUGGAUAUUGUAUGUCUCUUUGUUGAUCAUCAAGUCUCAAUCCAACCUUACACGAGGUUUAAAAGUUAAGAAACCAAGCCGUCUACUGCCAUAUGGUUUCCUGGCCGCUGGCAUUUCCGUAGCUUUGUUUCUGCUGAUUCAAGCCUGCCCCUGGACUUACUACGUGUAUUGCUUGUUGCCAGUACCGAUAUGGUAUGCUGUUCUAAGAGAAUUCCAAGUUUUCCAGCACCUAGCCGCAUCAUCGUUGAGCCUUCCCCUGGGCCGUCUGCUUAGGCACCUGUUAGUCUUUAUCCUGGGAAUUGAAGUGUUAGUUCUCAGUUUCUUCUACCGUCAUAUGCUUACGGCUGGGCUGAUUGCAUUUGCAGGCUGGCCAUUCCUCACUCGGCUAUGGUCUCAAGCGAAGGUCACGUCGCUGAGUUGGACUUUGUUCUGUUUGCUGCUGGCCAUGUUCCCACUGAUGCCUGUUGUGGGUCGAACACCAGACGUCUCUCUAGUAAUGGGUGCAGGCUUGCUGGUUCUGCUGCUCUCCCUGUUUGCUAUACCAUCGCUUGUGAAGAGAAAAGACAGUUUUGUAAAGGAAGAGCUAUGGGUGCAUAUCUUACAGAUUCUGAGCACAAUGCUUUCCAUGUAUGUUGUGUACAGCACCCAUCGUAGUUUACUCAAGAAGCAAGGACUGCCUUUCACCAAUCAAAUUCUAAGCUGGACAACGUUAGCCUCUUCGUUGGUUGUGCCCCUGCUGAGUUCUCCGAUUCUCCUCCAGCGAUUGUUUAGCAUACUUCUUUCCCUGAUGUCAACCUACCUGCUUCUAAGCACAGGGUACGAAGCUCUCUUCCCAUUGGUAUUGUCAUGUUUGAUGUUUGUCUGGAUACACAUGGAACAAGAAACACUACAGCAAUCUGGUAUUUCAUGUAAACAUAAGGUUACCAAUAUGCAAUUCUCCCACUCCAUGGAUAUAACACAGUUUCGACAGCUGUGCUUGGAUGACAUCCGUAGGGCCAUUUUCCUUGUUUUCUUCUUAGUGACAGCAUUUUUUGGAACUGGAAAUAUAGCCUCUAUUAACAGCUUUGAUCUCGCCUCUGUCUAUUGCUUUCUGACCGUGUUUAGUCCGUUUAUGAUGGGAGCCCUGAUGAUGUGGAAGAUUCUGAUCCCCUUUGUGCUGGUGAUGUGUGCUUUUGAAGCCGUGCAGUUAACUACCCAGCUGUCAUCAAAAAGCCUUUUUCUCAUUGUUCUCAUCAUAUCAGACAUUAUGGCUUUGCAUUUUUUCUUCUUGGUCAAGGAUUAUGGCAGCUGGCUUGAUAUUGGAACAAGCAUCAGCCACUACGUGAUCGUCAUGUGCAUGACCAUCUUUCUGGUGUUUCUCAAUGGCCUGGCGCAGGUGCUCACGACAAAGAAACUCCAUCUGUGCGGCAAACCCAAAAGCCACCUCAUAUGACGUCACUGAAGCUGUCAUUCCACAACCAAGGGACCCUGUUUCUCAGUCUCUUUGUAAGUUGCUGUCCCACCAAUAAUUCAAUUAGAAGAUAGAGACUGCUGUUGAGUAUAUUUUAUGCCUGUAAAGAGAAGAUUCUGGGAUUCUGAAUUUGUGAGUUA